UGCGAGCCCGACGGUCGUCAGUGCUUUUGCGUUGAUUCGCGCGGAAUCGAGAUUGCUAAUAGCCGAACUCGUAAUGGUCAAAAGCCGGAUUGCGACAGCAUACAAAGUGCCGUUACUCCCAGAACGAAGGAAUGCGUUGGAAGCGGAGUACGAGGACCUUGCUCAUCUACCUUGACUAGAUGGUAUUUCGAUGAAAGGGAGGCGAAGUGCAAGCUGGGUGUCGCUGUCAAUUGUGCUACAUCCGACUGCCCUUCGGGAUAUAAAUGUAGCGUAGUUCAACAAGCUAAAGUCUGCUGCCCGGAAAACAGCAAAAUUGGUUUGCAAGGAACUAAUCCGAGCGACGUCUGCUCAAUGCCGAAGGAACGAGGUCCAUGUGACAAAUACGAACUGAGAUUCUAUUACAAUGCUGAAGCCAAAGACUGCAAGUACUUCUUCUGGGGAGGUUGUGAAGGAAAUGGAAACAAUUUCGAGAAAGUUGAGGAUUGCGAGGCCGCUUGUGGAAUCGCAAAAGUAAAAGAAAACCUUGCCACCACACCUCCAACCGCAGGUGGCGGUAGACCACCAUUCCGUACCACACAAGGAAUUCGUAUCACUCCUGGUGUAGGAGGAGCUCAGGAUGCGGCAGUCACGGAAAGGUCCGAAUGUACUUUUUAA